GGAGCCGCACUACAGCUCCCACAGUGCCUCAGGCCUCCUGGUGUUUCCGCUCGGGUCCCGAUUUAAAUCCAGACAGUGAGGAAGAUGGCGGUGCGGGGCUGAGUGUGGGGGAGACGGACAGGUAGCUGAGCUUUGGCUCAUUUCCCGGGCAUUCCUACUGACUUCUGCUGUAGCAAACACUGUGCUAGGAUGUGACUUAAAGUGACUUCUGAUUCUGAAGGUCUUCUGAAAAAUAUGCAGUGAAUGUUUGCUAAGGAGUAUUGCUGAUGCAUGGUGAAGAUGAGUGGAUUAGGAGAAAACUCCUUAGAUAAUUUGACUAAUGAGUCAAGGAAGCGCAAACCAUUGCCCUGUGAUAUACCAGGUGCAAGUCUGGUCUGCAGUGGUGAGAAGCGUCGACGUGAGCAGGAAAGCAAGUACAUUGAAGAACUGGCUGAGCUGAUAUCUGCUAAUCUGAGUGACAUUGACAAUUUCAAUGUCAAACCAGACAAAUGUGCUAUUUUGAAAGAAACCGUGAGACAGAUUCGACAAAUAAAAGAGCAAGGAAAAGCAGUUUCUAAUGAUGAUGAUGUUCAGAAAGCUGAUGUAUCAUCCACGGGUCAAGGAGUUAUUGACAAGGAUUCAUUGGGACCUCUUUUAUUACAGGCAUUGGACGGCUUCCUCUUUGUUGUAAAUCGAGACGGAAACAUAGUAUUUGUAUCAGAAAAUGUCACACAGUAUCUGCAGUAUAAACAAGAAGAUUUGGUUAAUACAAGUGUCUAUGGUAUCUUGCAUGAAGAUGACCGGAAGGACUUUCUUAAAAACUUACCGAAAUCUUCAGUUAAUGGAGUUGCUUGGACUAAUGAAACACCUAGACAGAGGAGCCAUACAUUCAAUUGCCGGAUGAUGGUGAAAAGCUCUCAUGAUCCCUUUGAAGAUGUAGGUGGCUACCAGGAUAUACGUCAAAGAUAUGAAACUAUGCAGUGCUUUGCUUUAUCACAACCAAGAGCUAUGAUGGAAGAGGGGGAAGAUUUGCAGUCCUGCAUGAUCUGUGUGGCACGUCGUAUCACAAGUGCAGAAAGGGUAUUUCCAGCAAAUCCAGAGAGCUUUAUUACAAGACAUGAUCUUUCAGGCAAACUUAUCAACAUCGAUACAAACUCAUUACGAUCUUCCAUGAGACCUGGCUUUGAAGAUACAAUUCGUCGGUGUAUUCAGAGAUUCUUAUGCCACAAUGAUGGGCAGUCAUGGUCAAAUAAACACCACUAUCAUGAAGCUUAUACGCAAGGUCAUGCUGAAACUCCAUUUUACCGGUUUUCUUUAGCGGAUGGUACAAUAGUGACAGCUCAAACGAAGAGUAAACUGUUUCGAAAUCCUGUAACUAAUGACCGCCAUGGAUUUGUCUCUACCCACUUCCUUCAAAGAGAACAAAAUGGAUAUCGACCAAAUCCUAAUUCUGUUGGGCAAAACAUCAGAACACCUGCGACUGGAAACACAAAUUCUGUUAAUGGUCUCAUGAACAUGUCACCUGGUCAAGCCAUGCCAAUGCAGAACAGGAACUAUGGUCUGGGAGAUCCCAAUGCAGUGGGUCAGCUCACCAGCACGCGAUAUGGAGGCCCUGGGAAUAUGGGGUCAGUGAAUUCUGGACCCGGAAUGCAGUCCUCUGCUUAUCAGAGUAACAGUUUUGGGUUAAAUAUAAGUAGCCCACCACAUGGUAGUCCUGGCUUAACUUCCAAUCAACAGAAUCUAAUGGUAUCUCCUAGGAAUCGAGGGAGUCCAAAAAUGAGUUCACACCAGUAUUCUCCAGGUAUGCACUCGCCAAUGGGAUCUGCCAGCAACACUAGCAACAGCACUUUCUCUAGCAGUUCUCUUAGUGCUCUGCAAGCCAUUAGUGAGGGUGUUGGAAAUUCCCUUUUAUCAACGCUUUCUUCACCGGGUCCAAAAUUGGAUAAUUCCCCAAACAUUAGCAUAAAUCAGCAAAGUAAAACAAGUACUCAGGACUCCAAUAGCCCUUCUGGUUUGUAUUGUGAACAAAACCAAGUGGAAAGUUCCAUCUGCCAGUCAAACAGCAGAGAUCUCCUUAGUGAAAAAGAUAGUAAAGAGGGAAAUCUGGAGGCAUCUGAAAGUCAGAGAGGACCAUCUGAGAGCAAGGGGCAUAAAAAACUGCUUCAGCUACUCACAUGCUCCUCAGAUGAAAGAGGACAUUCUACAGCAUCAAACUCGCCUUUAGACUCAAAUUGUAAAGAAGCUUCUACCAGCGUUACCAGCCCUUCAGGAGUUUCCUCAUCAACAUCUGGAGGGGUAUCUUCCUCCUCGAACAUGCAUGGGUCGCUCCUGCAAGAGAAGCACAGGAUUUUACAUAAAUUGUUGCAGAAUGGUAAUUCUCCAGCAGAGGUGGCCAAGAUCACAGCCGAAGCUACUGGUAAAGACACUUAUCAGGAUGCUUGUAACACAGCCGCCUGUGGAGAAGGCACUGUCAAACAGGAGCAACUGAGCCCAAAGAAGAAAGAAAACAAUGCAUUACUAAGAUAUCUACUAGAUAAAGAUGAUAUUAAGGACCCACUUUCCAAAGAGUUGAGGCCUAAAGUAGAAGGUUUGGAUAAUAAGAUGGGACAGCGCACAAGUUCUACAAUUCCUACUUCAAGUCAAGAAAAAGAAAUUAAAAUAAAAAUGGAGCCAGCAGAGGAGAUGAAUGGAGACUUGGAUAAUUUGGAUGCAAUUCUAGGUGAUCUUACUAGUUCAGAGUUUUACAAUAAUGCUGUAUCUGCAAAUGGAAAUAACCCUGGAACAAAGCAAGCAUUAUUUCAAGGAAAUGCCCCGUUGGGUGUGAAGAGUCCCCAGUCUGUGCAGACUACUCGCCCACCUUUUAACAGAACCAUGUCUUCAGACAGCCCUAUGGGCUCAAGUGCUUCAAUGAGGAAUGUCAAUGCGUUCUCCAUGUUACAAAAGCAAAACUUGAUGGGUGGAAGUCCAAGAAUGAUUGAAAACCAAGAAAAUUUUGGAGCAAAUCUCGCAAGUGCUUCCAACAGAAAUGUGGCAAUGAAUCAGCAUCAGUCAGGAGACUGGGGUUUACCAAACUCCAAAGUGAACAGAUUGGAAUCUGCAAGCUCUGCUUCCAUGUUGAGACCAGGACCUGAACUUAGAACAACCCUUCUGAAGCCCCCAGAGGGUGACUCUGUGUCUGGGCUGCCUGUUCGCUCUAACAGCAUACCUGGUACUAGGCCAAUGCUGCAACAGCAAAUGAUUCACAUGAGGCCAAAUGAGAUAAACAUUGACAUAGGGAAUCCCUAUGGACAACCUGGACCUUCUAACCAACCUGGAUUGUGGCCUGACAAUAUGAUGUCCAUGGAACAAGCAUCACGGAGUUCACAAAACAGACAAUUAGUUAGAAGCUCUUUGGAUGAUCUCUUGUGUUCGGCACCAAAUGUGGAAGGCCAGAAUGAUGAAAGGGCGCUUCUGGAUCAACUGCACACACUACUGAGUAAUACAGAUGUCACAGGUCUGGAAGAAAUUGACAGAGCCUUAGGAAUUCCUGAUCUUGUAAACCAAGGACAAGCUUUGGAACCCAAACAAGACUCAUUUCAAGGUCAGGAAUCUUCAGUUUUAAUUGACCAGAAGCCUUUGUUAUAUGGUCAACACUAUCAAGGGCAAGGGGCAACAAUGCCAGGAGGUUUUAGUAACAACCAGGGACAACAGCCACCUUUUAAUUCAGUGAUGAAUCAGAUGAGCCAAGCAAGCAAUCCUCCUCUGGCAAGUAUGCACCCCCAAGCAAACGUGAUGAGACCUCGGACCAACACACCAAAGCAGCUACGCAUGCAGCUCCAGCAGAGGCUCCAGGGACAGCAGUUUAUGAAUCAGGCCCGUCAAACGCUUGAAAUAAAAAUGGAAAAUCCCAUCAGUGGUACUAACUCUGUGAUGAGACCAGUUAUGCAGCCACAGGUGGGAUCCCAGCAGCAAGGUUUUCUUAAUGCUCAAAUGGUGGCUCAGCGUAACAGGGAACUAAUAAGUCACCAUUUUAGACAACAGAGGAUGGCAAUGAUGAUGCAGCAACAACAGCAACCUCAGGCCUUCAGUCCACCACCAAAUGUGACAACCUCAGGAAGCAUGGAUAGUGCUUUGACAGGCCCUCCAAUGGCUCAAGUUCCUUCACAGCAAUUCCCCUAUUCACCUAAUUAUGGAAUAAACCAACAACCUGAUCCUGCAUUUAGUAGAAUAUCAAGCCCUCCCAAUUCAAUGAUAUCAUCAAGAAUUGGACCCUCCCAGAACCCUAUGCUGCAGCAUCCUCAGUCAGCAACAAUGUACCAGCCCUCAGAGAUGAAGGGUUGGCCCUCAGGAAGCAUGCCCAGAAACAGUUCUUUUCCCCAGCAGCAGUUCAGCCAUCAAGGUAGCCCAGCAGCGUACAGUAUGAUGCACAUGAAUAGCAGCAGUGGCCAUAUUGGGCAGAUGAGUAUUAAUCCCAUGCCUAUGUCAGGACUGCCUAUGGGUCCAGACCAGAAAUACUGCUGACAUCUAGAACCACAUCUUCAAACAAGAAUGGCUGAAUGCACUAGUGUAAGAAAGGAAAGUGACACAUUCUUCAUGGCAAGUCAUACUGGGCUUACAGAAACCAGUGAUAAAUUUCCUCAUCCAGAUGAAAACAAAACAAAAAAACCCCUACCCAACAAAAAUACAUUUUAAUAGAGGCAGUCUGUAUAUCACUAUAUGGUGUGGGGUACAAUAAAAAGUCCUUAAUACUUUUGGCAGUCUUCUUCUAGGAAUGUGAAUUUGAUAAUGCCAUUUUAAUAAUAUGAUGGGUAUCUGUUUACUGUAGCUGUCUAAAGCCCUGCUUUAGCCCAGGCAAACAGAAGUGCCAGUGACACACCAAGUGACAGUGGUAAGAAUUUCCUGAUUUCUCUAAUAACAGUAUCUGACAGAGAAUGUAGCUCUUAGCCUUGACUCUUUUAUAUGAAUUCCUGAAUAUAGAUGCUACUUUUAGUCUCUUACCCCAAGAGUCAGGGAUUUCCCAAGCAAAGUAGCAGUGCAAAAUCAACUGGCACAAGCUAGUCCAAAAUCCUGUCUGUUGAAACCACAGGUGAAAAAGAGAGGAUAAACAAUUUAAAUUAUUUAAACACAAUUGUGACUAAUAUUUACAUAGUGCUGUGCAGCUGAGUGCACUUUAUAGAAGACUAUAUAAUGGAUUAAUGCAAUGUCUUUGAUAAGGACUUAAUAUGAAGGUAGGGUGUACUCAUGUUCCUUCUCAAACACAAUCUCUUAAGAAUUAUUUGAAAAGACUGCAUAAUGUAAUCUUUUCAGUGUAUGGAAAUUAGAGCAAUAAUCUUUAAUUUUUUUUGAAAAUAACUUCAGAAAACUCAAGGCAAGACACUGCAGUCAGAAUUUUGCCGUUUUUGUGAAUAAAUUUUGUAAAUAUGAUCUCUAAAAUAAUGUAUUAUAUAUAUAUGAAUUUGUAGGUCACUAACUCGUUUUUGCAGAGUUUGUGAAGCUAAAUAUUUAACAAAAUUGAUUUCUGGAAACAGAGUGUAGUUGAGGUCCAAAUGGAAUUUUUUAAAAUUAAAUUUAAGGACUUUGAGGCUGGGUGACUUUGGCCCACGUAUUUCUCUUCUUUGGUCUUCAACACUUCAUUUAUUUUUACAUCUUUAACAUAGAGCUUUUUAUAAAAAAAAGACCGGUUGUUCAAUACUUUCUCCACCUUUGAGCACUUUUGUCGCAUUUCUUUUUACCUAAGGCAAUUUGACACGAAGGCUCUGCAUUUUAAGAUCUUACAACUUGUCAGGACAGACAUGUCUGUCUGUAAUAGGUUGUCUUUUCCAUUGAUGAAUCUGGAUUGAGUCUUUUUGGUCAAUUUUAAUGAACUCUAAAUGUUCUUUGAAAAUGUUUGUCUGUUGCAAAAUAUUUCUUGUUAUGUAACACCCAGAAAUCUUUAAGGAUAUUAAGCCACACUUCAACCAAAUGUCUACACCUCAUUGGAUUAUUCUAAUAGUAAUGAAUGUAUUUUCUAGGCAGAUUUCUGUCAUAGCAGUAUUUAAGUCUGGUUACAUAUCAUUUGCUGAUAGCAUGGGGUUUUAUUUUCCCCUCCAUUUUGGGUGCUUGAAAUUAAGAUCUCUUUGCACUUUUUGCAGUUACAAGGAAUUAAACCGCUAAACCUUCAUAGGGUAUGACCCAGAAAUGUUUAAGAUGUGUGGUGCUUCUGUUCUGUUGUUCAUUGUGUAAUGGAAAACUGAUUUCUCCCAAGUGAGUAAAAGAAACAAAAAAACCCCAAAACUGUGUUCCUUUUUGCUUAUUCUUGGUACUGUUGGCAAGAGGAGGUUUUAUUGUUCAGAAUAUUCAGUAGUCUUCCAUUUUAAUAGAAGUAAGUUUCAAUAGAAAUAUUCUCAAAAACUCAUCCUCAGUGCCUAGUCAGCUGUGUUUCAAAGGGAAUGUAGAGUCAAUUGAUCUAUUUCAUGCAACCCUGUCUCUUCCACUAGUACUCAGUAUAUAGAUUAUCACAGCAUUCAUUUGAAAUUUUCAGUCCAAUUACUGUGUGUUUAUAAUGCAAAACUUCUAAGACCCUAAGGAACUUUCAUUUUUUCAUUUCUUGGAACAUGUGUGUUUGUUAAAUGCUGCUUACUGAGGGUGAAAGGCAACAAUCCCUUGCUUUUUAUAUCAAAUCAGAGUAUAACAAUAUUUAUAUUUUGUAGUGGUUCAUUAUACUGACGGCAACUACAAACACCGGUUGCUUUCAUUAGGUGAGCUCUUAGAUAUACUGCUAUAUACAUCUUGCAGUACAAUUAUUUUUUUUUUUAAUUAGUAAUUCUAUUUAUACAUCUAUGUAUAACUGGUACCUACGUGACAUUAUAAAGGUUCAUCCUUUUCUCAUCUGUUUAGAAAGUUGUAGCUUUCCAGUACCUACUUUUUUAUCUCAGUGAAAAGAUUUUUAGUUUAAACUUGAUGAAGGGACAGGGGGCAUUUUUAAAAAGCAUUGACGCCAUCUUUCCUGGCAGCACUAAAUACUACUUCUAGUUUGGAAUCUGUUGACAUUUAGUUACCAUCAUCAAUUUUGCUUUGGUCCUAUAGCAGUAGAUUUUUCUGAAUGUUUUUUUAAAUAAAACCUAUGUAACAUUAUUCAGCAGUAAGAGAUGAAUUAGCUAGUACAGCAACCUCUGAUCACUGUUGCACAAACUAGUGUUGUUUUGCAAUCUCUGUUACUUUUUUGAUCACAGAAAUCAUAUGUUUAUUAAACUCGUGUGUAGUAUACCUUUUUCCUGGCCUAAAGUACUGCUUCCAAAGUGAGAAAUUCAGACCAUGUUUCUGUCACAAGACAAAACUUGAAUGUUGCACCAGUUAGCACACCUUUUAUUAUAGAAUUUAUGUGCAGACCACCAGUUGACAAAAUGAUACAGCAAGUGUGAAAUCGUAAUUCUGAGAGCAAUAUUUUAAAAAAUUCUCAGGAGAAGGCAUAUGGUAUUGAGAAUUGCAUCUAAGUUUAGUUUACAUUUUAAGUAUUGCUUGAAAUAUCUGUUCCUUUAUUUUGCAAAACAGAGAAAUCGUGGGGACUGAUUUAUAAAAGGGUUGGUUGUAAGGUGUUGCUACCCUUCUGGUUUUUGUGUUUGGAUGUUAAUACUGUAAAUAAAGAUUUCUAUUUAAAAUCAGAA